AGUAAGAUAGGAUAAUUACGGGGUCUAUCGUCACUUUAGUAUUACUCCUCCUCGUCGGUCGUCUUCUUCAUUUGUCCGUGAAGCUGAGGAGAAGUGACGAGAAGAGGGAAGCUCCGAUCUUUCAUUUCCGGAAGAGUUAAGGAGAAAUCAAUGGCGGCGGGAGGUGGAAGAUCGAUGCUUGGAUCCAUGCUUCUGUUUACGGUGGUCCUCUCGCUUCAAGAAGUGUAUAGAGGGAAAUUAGCUUCUUCGGAGCUGUUCACGAUCCUUGGAGGCUUCACUAGCUCACUCCUCUUUCUCUUCUCUCUCACAUUCAUAGGAAAUCUCCAGGAGUCUUCUGGCACGAAGAGUAGCUGGGGUGCAGUGGUUAUUGCGGAGAUCAUAGCUCUUGUAGCUGCUAGCACGGUGCAUCGAGUUUGUAUUACAACCUGUUUUUUGUUCUCUGCUGGGCUGUUAUACGAGAUGAACAAGAUCUCUGGAUACAUGCUCUCUGAGUCAAAAUCUAAAAAGCAUUGAAUUAGAGAACAGGAUAAUGUGUUUAUUUUUGUUUAGCACUAAAAGAUUCAAGGAUACUUCCAACUUCAUGAACUAAGGACUUAGAAUUUCUGCAUCUUAUGCUUGGUCGAUUUUGUACUUGUGUUUAUGACUCUAUGUUCUUGGAGAAAGUUAGUCAAAUAAUAUAUAUCUAGUUUUGAAUUA